GAUGGUGGUCAAAGCCGAGAGAAGCGGUUGACUCGUAGCAAUUAUUUCUAAUAAACACUGCAUUGCCCUGGACUAGUGAAAUCAAAGAGUGGCGGUCCAUCAACGGCGAGGAUUACAGAGGCUUGAGUUGGGGUCGGGGGAUUACGUGUUCAUCGCAGACCGUCCGAAGCACUGCAGUUUCGUGUUAAGAUGAAUUAUGUGGGACUGAAUUUGCACUCAGUGGGCCCACUUCCCUCCACAAUGGCAGCAUCUUCUGCCUAUCAAACCGAGCCAUCCUCAGAAGCCAGGCCCUACAGCAGCACCAGCCUAAUCAAAGACGAGUGUGAGUCCGAGGAACCAAGCAAGAAACUCAAGGUUGAUCACGAGCACGGUGCCAGUGAGAGCCACCAAAAAGUAGACUUCUGGUUCUGUGAGGAGUGCAAAGAGUAUUUCUUGGAGGAAUGCCCAAACCAUGGUCCUCCGGUCUUUGUGCCAGACACACCAGUGGCACUGGGGGUGCCCAACCGGGCUUCCCUCACAGUGCCCUCAGGAAUAGAGCUCGUCCGGGACGAGGAGGAGGUGGAUGUGUGCUGCAUAGAUGCGGGCAUCCCCAAGGGGGCGCUCUUUGGCCCGUAUCAAGGGGAGUUGGUGUCUAAGGACUAUUCCUCAGGGUUUUUCUCUUGGAUGAUCGUUGAUGAGAACAACACAUACAAAUCCAUUGAUGGCAGUGAUGAAACUAAAGCCAACUGGAUGAGGUAUAUACGUAAUUCGUCGGAUGAGAAUGAGAGGAACAUGACUGCCUUCCAGCAUGGAGAACAUAUAUAUUUCCGUGUGUGUCGGCAGUUGUCAGCAGGAGAGAAGCUCCGCGUGUGGUACAGCGAUGACUACAUGAGGCGGCUACACAGUGUCUCGCAGGACAGUAUUGGCCACAACCUGGACACAGGCCUGUUGACUGUUGGGAAAUCCGAGGCCCGGGAGGAGACCAAAGGACCUGUGCUCAGGUCGGCUCUGCAUGGCAGGUGCAGCCUCAGCAAGCACACCAGCGAGGAGGGGGACGGCCAACCACAGGCCAAGAAGAAAAAGAUCGACCUCAUCUUUAAAGAUGUCCUGGAAGCCUCUCUGGAGGCCUCCAAGAGCCAGGAAAACCCCCUGAACAGCACCUUCUCCAUGAGGCGGACCAGAGCUCAGCGCGUCACGCUCACUUCCCAGAGAGGGGAGUCCUAUCUGGCCCAGGAGGAAUGCAAAGUGACUAGUCUGGGUCUCUACCCAUCAGAGCACCUAGAGGGGGGCUUUAAUGUUCGGUGUCUGAAGAUGGAGGAUUCCGAAGAUGACCCUGGUCAGAUUCAUGAGGAGCCUUCUACCUCGUUCUGCCCCAACUGUGUGAAGCUGAAGAGGAGGAUUCGGGAGCUGGAGGCAGAGGUGAUUCGUCUGAGGGGAGGAAACCAGGUGGAGGUACCACCCCACCCUGAGCUGGCACCAAUAGAUGAGCUCCAAGCAGCUGAGGCCAUGACCCCUAUUCCCGUGGUGCUGGAUGAGGAUGAUCAGGAUGUGGACUCUGCAGAUGAGUCCAUCACUGCUGACCUCAUGGUGGCUGCUGAAGACUCCUCCAAGCUGUUGGCUGGGCCUGGCCGACGUAUACGCCGCUUCAAGCAGGAAUGGCUCAAGAAGUUCUGGUUCCUGCGUUACUCGCCAACACUCAACGAGAUGUGGUGUCAUGUCUGCCGCCAGUAUACCGUCCAGUCCUCACGCACCUCCGCCUUCAUCAUCGGCUCCAAGCAGUUCAAGAUCCACACUAUCAAGCUGCACAGCCAAAGCAACCUGCACAAAAAGUGCCUGCAGCUAUACAAGCUUCGGAUGCACCCGGAGAAGACCGAGGAGAUGUGUCGUAACAUGAUGCUGCUGUUCAAUGCUGCUUACCACCUGGCACUGGAGGGCCGACCCUUCUCAGACCUGCGAGCGCUGGCUGAGUUGCUCAAGAAGUGCGAGCUCAAGGUGGUCGACCAGUACAUGAACGAAGGUGACUGCCAGAUCCUCAUCCACCAUAUCGCCAGGGCACUUAAGGAAGACCUGGCGGAGAGGAUACGCCUGUCGCCCUUCCUCAGUGUCAUCAUGGAUGGGCAAAACGAUGACUUGCUGUCAGACACCGUUGCCGUCUAUGUGCAGUUUACCACCAGCGAAGGACCCCCUGCCACAGAGUUCCUCUCCCUACAGAGGCUAAGUGUUGGCAGUGUGGAUGGCUACCUCCAGGCCAUUGAUCGGGCCUUUGCUGUGCUUGGUCUGAAGCUUCAGGACAUGCUGGUGGCCGGUCUGGGGGUCGAUGGCUCCAACAUCUCCUCUAGUUUGAGAGCAAAUCUGUACAUUGCGGUACGGAAGAAGCUCCCCUGGAUCCUCUGCUUGCCGGUCAUGAUCCAUCGUCCUCACCUGGAGGUGCUGGAUGCCAUCAGUGGGAAGGAGCUGUCCUGCCUGGAGGACCUUGAAAACAACCUGAAGCAGCUGCUGAGCUUCUACCGGUACUCCCCUCGCAUGAUGGCCGAGCUCAGGUCUACCGCCCCCACGCUGUCUGAGGAGACAGAGUUCCUGGGAGAUAUACGAGCCGUCAGCUGGAUUAUAGGAGAGCCAAACGUCCUGAAUGCCCUUAUCAAAGAUUACCUGGAGGUGGUGGCACACCUCAAGGACAUCAGCGGCCAAACGCAGAGGGCAGAUGCAGCUGCCAUCGCCUUGACCCUGCUUCAAUUCCUCAUGGAUUACCAGUCUGUCAAGCUAAUAUACUUUCUCCUGGAUGUCAUCGCUGUUCUUUCGCGUCUGGCCUUCAUCUUUCAGGGGGACUACCUGCUGGUGUCUCAGGUAGACGCUAAGAUUGAAGAGGCCAUCCAUGAGAUCGGUCAGCUGGUGGACUGCCCUGGGGAGUAUCUGCAGGAGUUUGAGGAGAACUUUCGCGAAAGCUUCAAUGGCGUAGACCUGAAUAACUUGCGCGUCGCCGAGUCCAAGUUCCAAUCCAUCCGUGAAAAGAUCUGCCAGAAGAGCCAGGGAAUCUUGUCCCAGCGACUUGACAUGCACAGCCGCACGGUGGUCAAGGCGUGCCGUGUGCUUGACCUCACCACCUGGCCACGCAACAGGGAUGACCUACGAGCCUUUGGGGAGGAAGAGAUCCUGCUCAUUUUUGACCACCUUGAAGCGAUCCCCUCGGCUGUCCGGGAGACGUCGCGGGACAGAACUGACGCUCGGGGCAGCCUGCUGGUGGAGUGGAGGGACCUCAAAGCCGACUACUACAGCAUGAAUGGCUUCAAGGAGGUGGUCAGUCAAAUCUCCAGGCACAAGCAGCGCUUCCCUCUGCUUAACCGCAUACUCCAAGUUGUCAGGGUCUUGCCCACUUCCACCACCUGCUGUGACAAGGGCCGUGGGUCCCUGCAGAAAGUGCGCAAGAACAACCGCUCAAGGCUGACGCUGGACCAGAUGAAUGACCUACUGACCCUUGCAGUCAACGGGCCGCCAAUAGCAAACUUCGAUGGCAAGCGACCAUUGGACAGCUGGUUUGAGGAGAAGUCUGGCAACAGCUAUUCACUCUCAGCCGAAAUGCUGAAUAGAAUGUCGGCUAAUGAACAAAAGUAUGUUCUGCACAGCAUGGAUGUGAACACAGAGUUCUACCCUGAUAUUUGACUGAUGAGAGCCAUGGCUUUACUUCACUUUAUUCCAAAAGCCAUCCCGGGGGAGGGGUGAUCUGGGCUAUAAUGUGAUUGGCCAUACAAGUGUGCAAUGGCCCUGCUGCUAAAAUGGCCUGAUCAGCAUCACUUUAGAAAAUGGAAACCUUAGCUAGUAGAAUCUGUUGAGCACACAUUUAUGUCAAGCUCAGGAGGCAAAGUUGGUCUUAAAAGGCAAGACAGGAAACCUGACUUAGUGAAAACAAUCAGUUUGUAUGGGUGUUGAAUUUAAGUAUGUGUAACAUAUAGCACUUAUGUAGAGCAUGUGCUGAUGAUCACUGGUAUCAACUCUGUUAGAAAUGGCCAUUAUCAUUUAGUGGGGCUUUUAAAAUCUGCAGUCAACACCAUUAUUUGGAAAAUGCCAUAGGUUAAUAGCUCAAGUAUACAUUUUUUGUAACAAUGCAAAUGAUUUCUCUUUCAAACAAGUCUUUGAUUUCUAUACAUUUACGGUUUAUUUUAAAAGUAGUAAAUGUUUGGUUCAAAUGACAUUUGUAUGAAAUUGUGCCAUAACAGCAUAUUGCAAGGUGAUAAAGUCUUGAUAAAGUGAAAGUUCACAAAUAACCAAGGUGCUAUGCCACACAUCGUCACAAGAGAUUAUAUGGUUUAAGUGUUUUUUUGUACAGGUAUAUACUGCUGUGGUGAUUGAUAUUUCUUUUGUGGCUUUUAUAGGUCUUAAAAGAUUCCAUCGGGGGGAAUGUAUUUUUUUUUUUAUUGCCUAAACAAAUGUAGGUCAAUUAUUCAUUAUGAAGCAGGUAGUUUGGAUGCUGAUUGGAUGAAAGGCGUGAUAUAUCAGACAUUAAACUGGGAGGUUCGAGCCCUGAAUGCUGAUUGGCUGACAGCCGUGGUAUAUUAGACCGUAUACCACGGGUAUGACAAAUCAUUUAUUUUUACUGCUCUAAUUACGUUGGUAGCCAGUUUAUAAUGGCAAUAAGG